AUGUCUCAAAAGGCUCUCCCAACGGAACUCAUCCAAUGCAUUGCAGAAUACUUGAGCGACUCAUUCACAUUGGCCUCAUUAUGUCUUGUCGAUAAACAAACUCUGAGUGUGGUACACCCCUCCUAUAUACUCGGCCGUUACGUCAAAGCAGUGCAUUUCGACCCUCCGAAUCCCACAGACGUAGCCUUCUACUCGCUGAUCGAGCAAAUACACCUAGCCCUACACAAGACACACAACCUCAAAGAUCUUUCUCUUCAUAUUGACUCUCCCAACACGAUUAUAUUAUUUAGAGGCGGAUGGGCCCCGUUCGCUUUACGCCGUCUAGCAUGUUACCGCACCAUGCAGCCGCAAUUCCUAUUCGAUUUUAUGUCAUCUCAAGACACUAUUCAACAACUUACAAUAUAUGAAUCCGUCCUCGCAACCAAUAUCCUACAAAGUCAAUCCGUUACGUGCCACGGGAAAUUCUCCCGAAUCUCACCUCUAUCUGCGCCGACCCGCUCACAAUCCACAACUUCGUCCCCCACAGACCCGUCUCGCGAAUCGAUUCAAACGAUGCAAUAUUUAUACCCGCAACGACUCAUCUUGUCUGCGAAGCACUCAAGCUUAGCACCGCUCCCAAAGGCAUACAAUCUGUCUCGGGAUCUGGAGGGGGUCUGCAAGGGCAGUUUACGAGAGAUGACAUUGACUAUGCCAGAAUUAUCAGUGGGGAUGUUAAACUUACAUGAAUACACACCUCUGGUCGAAGUGCUCGCUGCUUCGUUGGAGGGUUUCAUGUCUCUCGAGCAUUUCGAGUUCAAAGACAAGGGUAUCGAGAUCAUCACUCCCGAUAUCCUAUUGGAGGGGCUGGGUGAUGUAGGAACACUGGCAUUUUGGCAAGUACAAAUCAAAUCAUUGAAAAGUGUAAAGUUAUUCGGAGUGAAGUUAAUAUAA